CAGCAGGGAUUUGUGGGAAGUGGUGCUCAUGGUAACCAACGUAAACACCAGCCACCCUCCUUCUCCUCCUCUUCCGCUGCAUCCCGGUUCUUUAGCAGCACCAAAGCGGGUGAAAAUGGCUGGCUUGGCUCGCAGCGAGGACCAGUAUUAUGAAACGAUAACACCAAUUCUGCAAAGCAUGCAUAAAAGUGAGAAACGGAGACUGGAGCUGGAGAGAGAACUGUUUGCCUACUCCAGAUCUGAUAAAAGAAUCUCACAGAUAAAGUGUUCCAAACUGCGCAGCUAUCUCAAGGAAAUCUGUGACAGGGAAGCACGAGCAAAAAUGAGAAACCUUGAGCUUCUGAGAGAUGUGGAGUGCAUAGAAAUUAGCAUGAAGGAGUACAGUCCUGACCGUGGCCCCCUGCAACAACAAAGGGCAGACGUUUUGAAAAAAAUUUCCAGAUUUAUGGAAGCAAGAAAGAAAAUGGAGCAAGAGCUCGACACAGUAGAGGUUGAAACAGUGCAUAGACAGUACCAGGACAGCUCUCUCUCACACAAAGCUAAGGAAUUUACACAACCACAAGCAGUCAUUUUUAUGGACCGCCAGACCUCCAGAGAGUCUGACACUGAAGCUGGCACCACAAGUAUACACUCAGGCCAAGCAUUGCAUCGUUCACGUAGUCGCAACAUGCACUCCGGUGAACGUCUACCAAGUGGCCUUUUGAAGGACUCCACAGUUGGCGGAGAGGAUACCGCCACUAACCGAGCACAUUUAUCAGAUCACAUUUCGGCCUCAAACAAUUCCCCUGAUGGAGGUAAUUUGAGUGACGAACAUGGAAGAACAAUGGUCAUGCUCCCAUUUGUUCCUGCCUUAACAGGUACAACUGGCAGCGUGCCUUUUGAAAGUGAUGACAAACAUGAAACUUCACCUCUGGUGACCUUGAUGGGGCCUGAGAAGAAUCUGUUUCCCAGCAGCAAUAGCCCCACGAGGAGUAAGAAUUCCCCCCAAGAACACACUGACUCCCGAGAGGCGGCUGAUCAGCCACGCAUAAUGGAAGAUGGAGAAAGGUGUCUCAACCAGUUCAUGCCUGAAAGUGCUUUUGUAAAAAAAGUUGAAAGAGCAUCAGGUGGAGGUGAGAGUGUUGGCACGCCAAGCUCUGAUGUCCAGUUGUCAGAGAGUGUUAUGAGUGACUUGUCCAUUUCUCUGACACAAUCUGAGCUGGAGAAGGAUCCACCAGAGGGUCUGGCAGCUCAGAGGACUGCCACUUCUGGAGGGAGCCAUGAUCACUGUCAGCACAGUUCCGAGUCAUCCCUCCACUCUGAUGGGUCCAAGAAUACAGCUCCAGCAGUGACCUUGGAAAGUCUCUCCCAGGAAGGACUCUUUCAUCUGCUAGACAGCAUCGAAGGACGACUCCACAGUGAAUGGGUCAGCGUGUAUUCGGAUUCUUCGGCUGAUGGAAGACAACUCAACAGAAUUAUCAGCCUUUGCAACAGUGGAGCAGGCUUGAAUGACGAGGAUCUUGAAGCAUGUGGAGCUGUCGUCUUUCAUGGGCUUCAGAGGUUGUCAUGGAGUACAGAACAGGGUUGCCUUCUACCACAGGAUCUAGUGAGUGCACAUCAGUCCAGCACCGAGCCUAAUGAAAUAAGCACCAGCCUCCUUCCUGAUGCCGCUCGACUGUGGGACCGUUGGUUAAAGCACGCCCUUUUGCUCAAGGAGCGCCGUGUCCUCAGCAUUGAGCGCUUGGUCCAGCUCUUCACACCACUGCUGCUAGAGCGCCAUGCCACCUGCAGCCACCAGGCCGAAGUGCUGCUGAGGACACUUCUGUCCCGGCCCAGUGAGGAGUACCCCUCAGCAGAUUAUGAGAGCGACUUGUCUUCUUCGUGUGGUCCUCCUUCUCUCCUGGCUGAAGGUGCUGCGAAGCCUGCCAGGCCAGUACAGAAUCGACAGAUUCAAGAACUACAAAGUAGUGAAGAGGACAGCCAGGACGAAAGCCCUGUGGAAAGUGUUCCUAUUAGAGAGACAAAAGCAUAUCAGUUACUUAAACAAUCAGCCAUGCAGGAAGGGCUGCAGAGGUUUGAAGAGGAGGAAGAGGAGGAGGAUCCACUCUCAGGAAUAAAUGGUGGCCAUGAAGAGGACCUGGGGAGGGCCAAAUGCUCCUCACAUCAAGACCCUUACCCUCGGAAAGAGAAGACCAACUCAAAGACUCAUUCUGCUCUGCAGUCAAAAGUUUCCUGGGAUGAAACAGAUGACAGCAACUCAGAGAUUGAAGCAGCCUUACGUCCUCAACCUUUCAAUGACAUUGAUGACUUUUAUGACUGAUAUUUCCCCCAAGGUAUUUUUUUUAAAAACACUACAUUAUAAUGCUGCAAAAUUUCAGACACUUUCUCAUCCUCUGGGCACUAUUUUAGUGAUCUGCAUUGUAAAUCAUAUGCAUAUUGCGUUGUAAAAACAAAUAAUAAAGUUGACGCUGUAUGCUGGGUACAGUAUGUGAAGAGUUGUCCAGCACUGAUGUUAACCCUGCUUCAGUCUCUUUAUCUGAACAACUCUCCCAGCUCAUAAUAACAGCUCGAAAUAGAUUAAACUGAUCUUUUAAAGCGAUUUGUUUGCACUAGGCAGAAAAUCAUGCAUUUUGAAUGCUGCAAGUAUCUCCGAGUGCUCUACCUCCAGCAUGCUCGAGUGUAGUGAUGUGAGUCACCUGUGAAAUGACAAAGCACAAUGGCCACUCUGCACGCUGCUGUGCGACCUGUGAACCUGCUGAAGAGCCCCAUCUCCCAGGGCACAAAGUGUUGCGGCACUAACAAACUCAGAAUAUGUAGUCCCUCCAACAAUUGCUCUGCACAUAUUUUCACAACUGUUUCUUUAAUAAUUGUGCUCAUGCUACAGAAGCACAAAGAUACAAGUUUAAAUUCCUCUGUGUUAUUGUGCAAAUGAGCCACAAGUAGCUGAAUUGUUAACGAAACCACACAAAUGGAGUCUUCUGCAAUUUAUCAUUUUGGAGCACAGGGAACGUUCUGUAUCUAUUAAUAACUCAGAGCUACUACGUGGGAGGCUACAUUCCCAAGUUUACAUUUAUAGUUCAUUAUGUCUGUAGUGUAAAUUUCCAAAACUGCCGUUCUGGGAUGUGGUAAAAGCCCCUGGCAUUCGGUGUCAGCAGGAUUCCAUUAGUCAGCUUUAGGUGACUUUACAUGCCUGAACCUUUUAAAGUAGGACUCCACAUUCAUUACCAGUAAUGGCUUCAGACAGCCCUGACCUACCGCGAAAAAAGGACAGUGGCGGAAUAAUUUGGAGUUAGCUAAAAGGCUCCCUAACAUAAUAUCCAUGUUAAGGAGCAUGUCAACAGAUACUUGUGUGUGACAGAUAGCUCAUGGUGGAAGUAGAGUUAUAUUGUGCUAAUGUGUACGAACACAAUAACAUUUUUGAAAAUAACUUUUCUCAUUCCGCGCCAGAGAUGAUUCAUUCUUUUUUAAAAUGUGUGUAGUCACUUCAUCACGGGAGGAUGUAUGAUGUUGUCCGUAAUGUUCACGCUGACUUUUUACUUUAAAGCAGUAGUCUUGUGGAGAUCAUCUAUGUUAACAUUAAUUGAAUAGUCUCUUGGUAUCGAUAUCAAUAGCGAUUGUUUCAAGAAUAUAGGAGGAUGGAAAAUAAAGAUUGUUCGAUGGUAGUCUUGCUGUCAUCCAGUGAAAUCUACGUAUUUGUAUUCAGUGCAGAAACUUUAAACUUAAUUUUUCUCAAACACUUUUGCAGUGUCAAAUUGUGAUAUUAAAAACAAUUGAGAGAUUAGUGGCACUUUUCUUUAAUAUAGUAAAGACUGGUAGUGGUGAAACUGAUGAAAAUGAUUUACUGUACAGUAAAUGGUGUUAGGGUUGAUUUAAGGUUUGCCAUCACAUGUUAAAUAUAGCAUAUAAAUCCUGUAUGUUCCACAGAGUCCAUAUUUCAGAUGAUUUAAAGGCAUCCAAAGAGCAGUAUUUGUCACUUUUUAUGCCUGAACAGGGGCGGAUCUAGAAAAUUUUGGAUGGGGUGGCCAGGCUGGGGCACA